AUGUACCGCAUCGACGGCUUCGCCCACGCCUGGCCCCCACGCGUCACUCCACGUCCCCUCAUGACCGUCGCCUCCCUCUCCCGCGCCCUCGCGGCCGUGGUCUACGUCUCUGAGGGUCGUCGCACAGUCGUCCUCGACGCCAUUGAGCGCGUCGCACGCGACGCGUCGCUCAAAAACCGCGUCGCUCUGGUGAACGUCUUCGUCGACAGAGAAUACAAUCGAACCGGUUUCACACUCGCCGGCGCGCACACCGACGGCAUCGCCAACACCGCGCUGGAUAUUGCAAAGAAGUCGCUCGAGUUGAUCGAUUUUUCGACGCACGACGCCACGCACCCGCGCUUGGGAGUGGUCGAUCACGUGUCGUGUCACGAGCUCAGAGGCGAGCGAGACGCUGGUGCGGCGCUCGCGCGGAACAUCGGGCGAGGUUUAGGCGAUCAAGGGGUCCCGGUGAAGCUAUACGGUGACGCUGCGAGCGAUAAAGUGGGCCUAGCGGAGAUAAGACGACGGGCCGGGUACUUCUCCGGGUCGAAAGAGGGGAGGUGGAUGGGCGACGGCGGUUUGAGAGAGUUGGCGUUUGAGUAUGGCCCGAGCGAGAUGUCGAGCAAAAUUGGGUUCGGGUGCGUGGGUGCGGUGCCAUGGGUGUGUAAUUAUAACGUUCCGCUGACAUUCACGUUCGACGCGGGCGUGGACGCGGAUGAGAGGAUGCGAAGGGCGCUGGCGUUCGGUCGCGCGGCGGCAAAGUGCGUGUCAGAACGCGGCGGAGGUUUACCAAGCGUGCAGUCCAUGGCGCUUCCGCACGGAGAUCGCGUCGAGGUGGCGUGUAAUUUGCUGGACAUGGACGUGACGUCCACGGCGGACGUGCAGAGAGCGACGGAGUCGACGGUGGCAUCGAUCAACGCGUGGGAUUACUUGGGCGUCGGCUCGACAGUUCGCGUCGACCAAGGGUACGUAACCAAUCAGACCCCAGAGAGCAUGUUAGAGGCGAUAGCCGCGUUGGAGCGCGGUAGUUAG